AUGCCGAGCGACCACCAGCUUAGUAAGUCCACCAUGGCAGGUGCGAAACAUAUGGGACAACACCGCAGGGUAUCGAUUAAGGUUUGCCGGCAACCAAAUACUCGCUUAGGAUCUUCGAAGGGAAUCGGCACCCCCCAUGAGCGGCCAAGACCUUCGCGGGGGCAAUCGCAGCGGUUGCGGUGCAGUUGCUGCUUGCAGGAUUUACCUUCGCAAGUGGAUGGAAACCUGUCUGAUAAUACAUGCUGGCGUUGCGGUUAUAUGACUUGUACUUCUUGCCGUAGUAAUUUAUCACCAUCUGCCCAUAGGUGGGUUUGCACUACAUGCUCAAAGAAGAUCAGUUUUACAUGGUUGUUUCAAAAGACGGUCCACGGCGCCGACCUGUUGCUUCGGGUCCUGGAGUUCUGUGAACCGCGUGUGCAGCCUCUUUUGAAGUGUGUAUUUGCAACUGAGGACACUCAAAAAACGUCGCAAUGCGAGAAAACACCAACAAAUGGUAGGGGUGCGGUUUCCCAAGUGACGAGUUGUCAAAAGCCGAAGCACGUCGCAGUUACAUCAAAGGGAGAGGAAACAGAAGAAGAUGCUAAAUUGUUAGUGAAGGGUGCAACCCAGCGGCGUUCUGCCGCAAAGGCUACCCCGCGGAAGGGGAAAAUAUCAUCAAAGUACGUGACGAAGGCCCAAUCUCCGGAGAUGCAAGUGCGUUCACCACCUCCUUCGCCGUCUCGAACCCCUUUCAAGUUCCUGUCAAACUCUCCGUCUGGGAAUAAGACUCCUUUAAAGCGCAUCGAAAAGAAUACAAAUCUUUCCAGUAAUGGUGCGAGCCCCACCGCAAAACCGGGAAUAGCUCAUACAACGAUACCAAGUGACGGUGGUACCAGCACAAUCGGAAAGAAUGUGGGUGCUGGUACGAUGGUGGGCGUCUCAGGUUCACGUGGUGGUGGGCAUCGGCAGGAUGAAUUGGGAACGGAGGUAAAAAAUGGCAAUCAGUUUCUUCGUUGCGAUGGGAUGCAUCCCGACCCCAAGUGUCUCGUUUUCUCGUACAGUAACGACACGCAUGCCUCUUCGCAACUAAGUUUUGCAAUAUCAGGAGCUGAUAGUCCACCUCCUCGCUUCCCUAAUUUUUCAAAGUUUCUGGACGAUCAAGAAGGUUUGCGUCGCGAGUUUGACGAGCCGCAGAAUCGGAGGUUGCAGCACCUGUUUGCAGAAAAGGAUGAACCUCAGAAGAACUAUAGUGAUUUGGUUACGGUGGAGACGUCAGAAGGUGUUAGUCCGCUUAAGGUGGUUGAGUGCGCGGAAGCCGAUAACAAUUUCCCCAUUCCUCCAAAACUGGCGCUUAAUUUUUGCAAAUUGGGGUUGGUUUCAAACCAUGUGACUGAUGCGGAACAAGAACCUUCAGCCGUCCACUCCUCUAAUAACAAACUCAUAUGCAAGCCCACAGCACGUGUGAGCAUCAAUGCUGAAAGUGCCACACAACGAGGUCCGAAGAAAAACAGUUGUGGAUCAGGUGGACCCCACGGCUCCGAGCACGCUUGCACGAGUCGCCUGGUCCGCAGCAACACCAUCAAUGGUGAUUGUAUCGAUGCAGUUUUCAAGCGAAUACAACCAUGUUUGACGACAGUUGUGCAUGACUCCAACGGUGCUUACACCGGUGGGCCGCAGAAUGGCAAUACGGCUGAUGCUGGUACUGGUACUGGUACGAAACUCGGAGCGUCGAAUAAAACUCAUUCGCGUGCUCCCACCAUUAAACCACCUAGCAAAACUCGAACAACGUCCAGCUCCCGUACCUUCAAAACACCGAGGGCUCUAUUUAGCGACAGCCGGCUUUGUGGGAAGGAUGCGGAUUCCAAUAGUCCGCACACUCGGAGGGGCUCCGCACGUUACCUGCUGGCAAUAGAAAAAGAUGGCGUGCAUUCCCCUCGUCCAGCUCCAGUUCUUGCGGGUGUUAAGCCGAGGGGGCGAACUCCUUUAACCGCUCGUCCCCCUUCGUCAAGGUGUUCAGGGGAGUGUGGUGCACUUGCAAGGGGGAGUUCAAUACUAACACGACAAGGGGUAUCGGUACCACGUCAGCGCACAUGCGAGGGACAAGGAAGUAGGCAUGCUCGCGUUAAUACGCCUCUCCAGCGUAUCCAUUCUAGUCGUCUUGUUCCUGCAGAGGAUAGCCAAGGCCGUUACUUGCCAUCACACGGUAAUGCCGACGCAGUUAAGCCUCGGCUAUCGAUAAAUUCUGGGCAAAGCGUUCAACUGGUUCCGCCUGCCCCCUUAACUGUUAAUCCUUCGCGGGGACGUGCCGUGGGCACCCUGAAUGGGAAAGGUGCAACAUCGACAGGAGGUAAUUCACAAACGAAUCUCAGCAGGGGAGGCGCGAAUGGUGCUUCCACUUCUCGCUUCAUAGCUCAGCGAACGUGGAAUUUGUUGUGA